CAAUGAGCUGCAGCCUCCAGAGUCACGAGGUCUGAGAGGAUCUGGAUCAGUCCAGAGCACCAGACCCUUUAUAACCCUCUCUCUCUCUGUCCGGAGCUCUCCGUCGCAUCCUCUCCUCUUCUCUCCGGUACCGACCCGACCCACCAUGUCUGGAUCCUCAGUGACCGGCAGCAGCUCAGCAGAACGAACCGGAUACAUCACCCGGAUCCAGAACUUCAGCGCCUGUCACCGACUACACAGCGUUCAUCUGAGUGAUGAGGACAAUCAACGAGUUUACGGGAAAUGCAACAACCCCAACGGCCACGGACACAACUACAACGUGGAGGUGACCGUGAGAGGGAAGAUUGACGGUGUCACUGGGAUGGUGAUGAACCUGACAGACAUUAAGAGAUGCAUCGAGGACGUCAUCAUGACUCCACUGGACCAUAAAAACCUGGACAAAGACGUCCCGUACUUCAGCACCGUUGUCAGCACGACGGAGAACUUGGCGGUUUACAUCUGGGACAACAUGGUGAAGGUGCUCCCCCCCGACCUGCUCUACGAGAUCAAGAUCCACGAGACCGAUAAGAACGUGGUCGUCUAUCGAGGAGAGUAGAGCGUUCGGUGACUCCGGUGACGUCGUCGUUUGUUACACUUGAACGUUUACUGACCAAAGAUUUUAUAGCGAAUCCUAAAAUUCAGUUUUCUUGUAGAAUUCCUAUUCACGUAAAAGUGAAAAACAUCUUUAAGAUUAAAACAAAGCAGGUCAGGUUGUAACCAUGGCAAC